AUGCUGAAAUGAAUAUACUUUGCAUAUAUGUCUUCAUUAAACAAUAUCCUUUAUUUCCAAUCUGGACUUGGAGUUCUAGCCAAUUUGUUUCUCCUUUUUUUCUACACUGUCAUAAUCCUGUGUCACAGACCUAAGCCCACAGACCUGAUCUCCUGUCAACUGACCUUCGUCCACAUAAUAAUGGUCCUCAUUGGAGGGGAUAUUUGGCUUACACACGUAUUUGAGUCACUGAACCUUGAGAAUGACUUCAAAUGUAAGGCAACUUUUUACAUAAGCAGGAUGAUGAGAGGCCUCUCCAUCUGCAUCACCUGCCUUCUGAGUGUGUUCCAGGCUGUCACUAUCAGUCCCAGUACCUCACUGUUGGCAAAAUUUAAACAUAAACUAAAAACAUACAUGAUCUAUGCUUUCUUCUACCUCUGGUCUUUCAAUUUGUCAUUCAGUAGUAGGUGGAUCUUCUAUGUUGGUACUUUUACCAAUGUGAGUGAGAGCAACCAGAUGAAGGUCACUGAAUCCUGCUCACUCUUCCCCAAGAACUACAUCAUUAGUGCACUGUCUUUAACAGUGACAAUCUCCAGAGAUGUCUUUCUUGUAGGAGUUAUGUUGACCACAAGUGCAUACAUGGUGAUUAUCUUGUUCAGACAUCACAGGCAAUGUAAGCAUCUUCACAGCAUCAGCCACACAAGAGCAUCCCCCGAGAAGAGGGCCACCCAGACCAUCUUGCUGUUGGUGUUUGUCUUUGUGGUCAUGUACUGGGUGGACUUCAUCAUCUCAUCCACCUCAGUCUUGUUAUGGAAGUACAACCCAGUCAUCCUAACUGUUCAGAAGUUUGUGAUGAAUGCCUAUCCCACAAUUACUCCUCUGGUACAAAUCAGUUCUGAUAACAGAAUAAUCAACAUUCUGAAACAGAUGCAGUCAGUGCACCACCAAAUUUUUAAAAAAGCAUAA